AUGAGUGGUAGUGAGGAUAUGGACGUGGACCUGGCUGGUGCAAGGAGAAAGCUGAUUGAUAUAAUGGAGACCAACCAGGAGGGUGCAGAUGAAACUGGAAGGAGUCAAGACCAGGAAAAGGGUAAGGAGAGUGAACUGAGUGAACUGGAGACCGACCAGAAGGAUACAAAUGGAACUGAAAGGGGUCAAGACCAGGAGAAGGGUGAGAAGAGUGGAUUUAAUGAUGAUGUACCAGACAAUCAGAAUAAAGAGGACAACACCGUGGACAACAAUUGUGAUGUGAUAAUGGACAUACCAGAUGGGGCUAUAAACAAUACAGUUUCAGUUGCAAAUAUUGAGGAUGACACUGUGGACAAGAAUCAUGAUGUGAUAAUGGACACGCCAGAUGGGGUUAUAAACAAUAUGGUUCCGGUGUAA